AAUUAUUUUUCCCGUGCUGGUUUUUAGGCCCAAGUGGCUGGUGGGAGCGACGCGUUCCACCUCUUCCGCGGUGAACGCGGGAGAACGGAGAAUUUUUGAUCUCCACAAAUAUGAAUUUAUUGAUAUGACUGUAACUGCUAAGGUUCUUUCGGGAACUUUGUGAAAACAAACCCCUUGCCAGUCGCCAUCGCGUUUGUUUACAUCGUGCGUACUAGUUUUGUGAUCGGUAUAGUACCUGGUCCGUAUACGCUUGGGGAAACUAUGAUCCAACGAUUUUUAACGCUCUAAUAGCGUCCAAAUCCUCGCCUCAUCCUCCCACUCUGCCGGUCGGGGAGUCGGUGUGACCGACGUUCGUAGUUUUGGUUGCUGAAUCCGUCUUGAUUCACGAUCCGGACACCAUAAUGGCAGGCAGUCCGGACACCGAAACGGCUGAUGCCCGACAUCCCAACAAUUUGGUUUACUCCGAUCCUUCUGUAGCCUCAUCAACCAUGAAGCGCUUAAAUCAGAUGCGCAAGAACGGGCAGUUCUGCGAUGUAAUAUUACAGACUGGAAAGAAAACUAUCAUGGGACACCGCGCUAUCCUGGCCGCCGCCAGCCCGUACCUGUUUGACCUUUUUCAAAAUGAAACCGCCAAUGUGUUGGCCUCUGAGGUUCCGAUUUCCUACCGUUUGGAUCAAAAUUUUGACUGGCAAUCGCUUGAAAUCAUCGUUGAAUAUUGUUACACUGCUCAGUUGGACAUUCCGGAGAAUCUUGUCAAGGGUGCGUACAUCGUUGCUGCUCGCCUCCGAAUGGAGGAAGUUCGCUCGGAAUGCGCCAAAUUCAUGCUAGAGAAUCUGAGCCCCGACAAUUGCCUCGGAAUCCGCUCGAUCCUGGGAAUCAAACAUGAUCCCAAUUUCGCCGAAGCGAUCGACAACUACAUCCGCAAAGAGAUUUCAAGCAUUUCAGCGAACAACGAAUUCACGUUGUUACCGUCGAUUCAGGUGGAAGUUCUGCAAUUUACGCCUGAAAGUUGGCGCGGGGGCAGCAAUAGAAGUAACCAUGAGAACGACGUUGAGAGUCGGAGCUCUUCAGGCUCUGUCAGCCCAGUCGAGGGUCAGCCAAUUCGAAAUCACAGCUAUACGAGAGUGGACCUCAGCUCUAUUCAGCCCUAUGGACUGUCCAUAAUGGUCCUUGAUUUCAUCAAGACCCAGGUUGCCGGCGACUUGAGCAGUUUGGACGAGUUGGGCAAGAAGACCAACCUAUUGUUUUUCAACAAUAUGGACAGCAUUCUCCGGGAUUGUAACGAAAUGGAAGAAGGAGCGGAAACAGACAUGACGCAGGCGGAUUGUGAAAUGGUGCAGGACUAUAAAAUUAUGUCGAAAAAGAACUCAGCCAAGCCGAAGAACAGAAUGGGACGCACCCUGAGCAACAACCCCACGAAACCGAGGCACUUGCUCUAUUCAAGGAUGAUUCCCGACGUCGUCAACGCGGAUCAAGAUCCCGAAUGGAAGGUUUUGGCCACCAAUCAAAUAUCUGAUUCUCACGUGGCUACGAUCGCGGCAUUGAAUGGAACUCUGUUCAAGAUUUCCAUCAGGACGAGGAUCACGACGCUGUCACCGAGCGAGACGCCGAACUCGUCACGGCCAUCGUCCAUCGAGGGCACGGACGGGUUUGUACUUGUUCCUCCGAUGCCUUCAGCCAAAUGCGCACUGGGUGCUGGAAAUUUGGAUGGAAAACUCGUUGUUUGUGGGGGAUACGAUCGCGGAGAUUGCCUGAAAACAGCUAUGAUGUAUGACCCGAAGACGAACAAAUGGACGGACUUGCCUGCAAUGUUGGAGCAUCGUGGCCGACUGGACAUCGCCGUGAUUGACGGCUGUGUUUACGCUGUGGGUGGCUCAAGUGGUAAUAAAGAAUUGAUGACUGCGGAAGUUUUGGAUCAUCGUGGAAGUGCGAAAAAAUGGCAACGUCUCCCUCCGUGUCGCAUGCCACGGGCUAGCUGUGGUGUUUGCGCACUGGAGAGGAAUAUUUAUUGUAUUGGCGGUUGGGAUGGUCAACGUGGUUUCAAGGAAUGCGAAGUCUUCGACAUUGAUGAAAAGAAAUGGUCUGAUAUUCCGUCGAUGAUGACAGGUCGGUACCAAGCCGGCGUUGCUGCAUUCAGAGGUGAAAUUUGGGUCGUCGGUGGAUGCGAAUCGUGGGGCGUAUUGAACUCCGUGGAAAUCUAUAAUCCGAAAACUGGAACCUGGCGUGCGGGACCUCCGAUCACUAUUGCUCGGCGUGGUUGUGGUGUCACUGUUUUCAAGGGAAAACUCUGGGUUGUGGGUGGCACUGAUGGACCGAAUUCCCUCUUCGGAACCGAGUUUUACGACCCCGAUGACCGCAAAUGGCACGAAGGUCCGAAUUUGACCGUUCCGCGCGGGAACGUUGCUGCUGUGGCCAUUGAUGACGGGUUGUAUGCUAUUGGAGGUUUCACUGGAAAGACAUUCCUGAACUCAUUGGAAUUCCUGGAUGCGGACCUCAUGGAGUUCUCUACGUUCCUGCCAAGUCCGAAGCUGGUGGAAUGCUAUCGCGAUGCACUUUUGCACGCGAACUGCAGUGAAGCUAUUCUGCCUUCGAUGAUCCUCGGCAGCCUGACGACGAACGGCCACGAUGCAAACUAGCGCAUUUCCCUGGACAAUUGAUUGCCCCAUCACCCAGAAAAGGAAAAAAACAAAAACAUGGAACGUUUCUGUCAUUCCGCGGCUUCUGUUCUCCUUUUAUGUGCUCUCUGACAACUUAUUAUUUUUUCUCCCCCGCUGGGAUUGGAAGGAUGUGAAUGAGGUGGCGUAUAAGAAGCAUGUCUCGUUUAGUGGUGCAAUUUAGUUGUGCAAUACUUGAACCGAUUAUCUGUUGGCAAACGCUAGAGUAGAGCGUGAGGUUCAAACUGUUGCGUGGUCGUGUCGUGGGCUCAUUCUGUGGCGCAACGGUUGCAUCGGACCCUAGACGAAGUCUUAUUUGCCAUGUCAAAUGAAGAAAUGUUGAGCAAAUGGCAUGAAGAUCAUUAUGCAUUUUCUGGGUUAUCCGUUGUGUUCGCACGUUUGAUUGGAGAGAAUCGGGAUACUAUCUGUAUACGUAUGUGCAUUCGUGGAAGGAAUUUCGAUGCACUUGAGAUCCAAGAAGCUCAGGUUGGAACUAUCCUUGGAAGAGAAGAGAUAUUCUCGUUUUGCCACAGCGCUUGAUCUAACCAAUAGAAACGGAAGACUAAAUCUUUGCUGUGAUUUCUGUGUAAACCUUUACGUUUAGUAACCUCCCCCUUUCUUUUGUUUGGAUAUCCAAGUUUUUGCCUUUUCCAUCUCGCACGCAAACUCCCCUAUUUUGUAACUCGUUGGUGUUCAACUUCAGGUCGGGCUUGUCUUGAAUGACUGGUGAGGUAAUGGAGUGGAUUGAAGGGAGCAGACCGCGAACCUUACUUCUCUCAUGGUGGCUGUAUUUUUGUAUGGAAAGAAACCGGACUUUUCUCGUAAAAACGUCGGGUAAGAUGAUGGGCGGAAGAGAGACUAGUUGACUGGAAAACAUGUGGGGGAAAGUAUAUUCUUCGACUUUUGUUCUAUGCGCCCUUGCAGAGAAGAAACGAUAUUUCCGCUUUCAGUUUCCCGUGAAACUCUUUGGGUGCGAUUGUCCAAGUAAUGAGAUUAGUAAGCACGGUGAGAAUAAAUGGUGGCUCGACUGAUCGUAUGAACA